AUGGCGCUGACUAUAGAUGAGCUGGCGCGAGCAGCACAACUAGGUUUCAAGUAUAUUGUGGAAGAGGUAUCGUGGAGAGAUGUCUUAAAGAUGUCAAGUGAAGCAGGUACUGUGCAUCCAACUUUAGUUGGCUAUGCACUCGGUGCUAUCGCUACAAUUUUCUACGCACGUUGCUCGCUGUGGGUUUUGCGCUUUAUUUUCGCCGCAUUUUGUCUCAUGUUGCUUUUACAUACUCUUCACACUCUGGAGCGACAAUCACAGGAGUGGCUGCUUUUGUUAGCUGCUGGCACAGGGAUUUGCUGCACCUACAUGCAGCUAGCUUCAUUGGAUCUGGUUAAGAAGCUGCAGGACGAUGUGGUAAAAAAGGAAAAAAAGCGCAUUGACGAAAGACAAGGUCGCGUAGCUGCAGAGAGGGAGUUGCGACGUGUGAUGGAAGAGAAAUUAGAUACCAGCAAAGGCUGUUACGUGCAGCCUAUAGGAAUUAUCCAUUCGUGCUUCAAGACAUGCUUAGGCACGCCUCGGCAAGGCUCUCUUGCGCCGUCAACGCGAGCAAAAAUAGUCUUUCAGCGAAGUAUCUCCCCGGAUUCUCUGGUGGGACUAGAGCACUUCAGCCAUAUCUGGAUCAUUUUUGUCUUCCACUUGAAUACAAACGGCAAAUACACUCGAGCGCAUGACGGUCUCCGAUCCGAUAGCCAUCGCCACACAUUUCGUGCCAAAGUUUCACCUCCAGUGCUAAAAGCACGAGUGGGCAUCUUUUGCACUCGAUCACCCCACAGGCCCAACCCCAUCGGCAUCACGCUGACAAGAGUUGAGCGCGUCGAUAUGUGCAAACGCACAGUGUAUCUCACAGGAGUUGAUUUACUUGAUGGAACUCCCGUUCUUGACAUUAAACCGUACAUUGCAGCAUAUGAUAGUCUUCCGGAUGCCCUGACAGCAGACUGGGUCUCCACACCGCAACCAUCUAUAGAAAUUGAGUGGAAAUCAAGCGAUUUGGCGUCAACAGUUCGCAAGUUGGCGACAAAGUCUGAACACUACCGCGAUGCUCCCGAUGCGUUAGUUGCUGCUAUUGAAGAAAUCUUACUUGUUGAUGUGCGCAGUAAGUACCAGACCCGUCGGUGGACAACACCAGACCAUGUCAGCUAUCAGAUUGUCGAUACCGUUCGCGUGAAGUACUGCUUUGCAUUGUCACCACAGCCGAAACUUCACACGGAUGGUAAACCAGACACUUCUUUUAUUCAGAUUUUAGCAGUUGACGAAUGUAGCGAGCUGUAUAACAUUGACAUAAAGCUGGGCAUGGCGCCGUCCUCUGGAGCCUCUACAACUGUUUCAUCUGUCAAAUGUGGCUCUCUCAAUAUGCCAGGAAGCAAAAUGGUGGCAGCAAUAGUUGAGCGCACACCUGAGAAACCUGAAUCAAGUGAGAGGAUCAGGCGUCGCGACAGACACAAACCUACACCUGUGCUUAAAAAAAAGCAGAUAGCGAAAUGUGUGGGCUACUACGUCGACGCUUUGGAUAAGAAAAUGCUUUGGGGUGAAGCUCGGAUUAUAAAGUGUAAUCCUGUAACUAGAAAAAUUUUGGUGCACUUCGUGGGCUGGAGCAAGAACUACGACCUUUGGACAGAUCCCAUGUCAAUUACGGAGCACGGCCGCUACGCUCCUCGGUCAAAGGACAAGACCGUCAGAAGCUGGGAUGGCAACAUGCAUCUUUUUGAAGACAUAUUGGGCUCAUUUGAAGAAAAUGUGUCCUUGUCUGUAUCAGGGCUUGUAAGAAAUAAGCCACAAGGCGCUUUAAAGCUUAACAGUGACAAACUCAGCGGUGCAUUAAGUGUUAGACCCAAUUUCCAGCGAGAGACAUUGCCCAUCAAUCAGAAGAUAGAUUCUGCGAGUCAAGCGAAUGCUUAUAAGAAGGAUGAUCUUUCCACAGUAAAAGUGACAGAAAGGAAAAAGUCUCAGCCAAACAGUAAGCAAGGCUCGAAUCGAAUGGUGGCCAAAGCGAAUGUAAAAAAAAGGGAUCAAGCGAAUGUAGGUCAAUUGCGAAGCAUUAAAAAAAAGAAAAGUAAAAUCCAGCUUCCCACUGCCCAGAUAUCAGGAAAGUCUCGACUAUCAACAAAUAUAACGGUUCAUUCUCCUAAUCAGCUCCCAUUGAAUCGCGACUUGGAGCUGGACGAUGGUACCGUGUUGGAAUUCUCAUCGCAGCGCGAACAAGCGCGUGUGGAACACGAAUCCAUGCAAAAAUUUCUAGGUAAAUGUGCUGUAAUCUGGAAAAAGCAGCUAGCUUUAUCUAAGAUGGGACAGUGGAAAUGA